AUGAUUCGUGGUUCGGUUGCGGUUUGUCUGGUUUUUGCGGCCAUAAUCGGGCCGGCCCUGUCCGGUCCCGUCUCGAACCGCAUCGUUGGUGGCCAGCUGGCGGAUGACACUCAAUUGCCGUACCAGAUUGCCCUGUUCUACGAGGGCCGGUUCCGGUGUGGUGGAUCGAUUAUCGGGGACCGUCUCGUCCUUACGGCGGCACACUGUGUGGUGGAGGAGAACGAAAUAUUGGAUGCCAAGUUGCUCACAGUUCAUGCCGGUUCGGCAAGCCUCAAGGAAGGUGGUCGCCGGUACACGGUGAAGCGUGCCAUUGCCCAUGAGGGGUAUGCGGCCUUCCAGAACGACAUUGCUGUGCUGGAGAUGAAAGAAGCAUUCCAGUAUAAUAACUACACCCAACCGAUUGAGCUGGCCGAGCGGGAGGUUCCCAUCGGUAGCCAGGUGCUGAUCUCUGGCUAUGGACGCGUGGGUGACGGUCAACCAACGUCGGAUGUCCUGCUGUACAAUACGAUGUACGUGGUAGAGAAUGAAGUCUGCCAGGAGAUUACCGAAGCGUAUGGCAGCGGAUUGAUCUGCUUGGACAAGAAGGGCUCCCACGGUGCAUGUAAUGGAGACUCAGGAGGUCCUGCUGCGUACGAUGGGAAGCUGGUCGGCGUGGCGAACUUUAUCAUCGAGUAUUGUGGUGGUGACUACCCGGAUGGUUACGCCAAGGUAGCCUACUACAUUGAUUGGAUUCGUCAGUUCCUGCCGUGA